UAAAUAAAAAUUAAAAAAAGAAGAAAGGGAAAAAGGGAAGGGAGGAAGAGAGGGGGACUGGCUUCGACAGAAGCAAGACCAGGACGCCCAGCCGCGCAGCCCCGGUUUUUCAGCUCCUGCCUGGGCACUUCAGCGGAAAGGAGGAAGGAACUGCCGCGGGAGGAAAAGGAAGCGCUGAUGUUCGCAACUCUCCUGGACGGCAGAGGAGGCGCAAAAGGCAGCCGGCUUGCCCACCGGAGGAUGUUACCAGGGAGCCCCGCCGCCCUCCGUUGUACGUAUCUCCGCAACUUUUUCUGAGCUCAGGGCGAGGAGGUCGGAACUUUUGCGGUUGUCAGGAGGACGUUUCUUUCCCCCGGUUGGUUUCCAAAGAACCAAAUGCGUGCUGGGCUCGAGGGAGGCCACGGGAAAGAAGUUGAGCGAGCCUUGCUUGGUGGGACUUGUUGGGAUUGGGAACGAGACUUUGGCCCCGAUUAUGCCGCCGCCGAGAAGGAGCCCGAUGCCCUUUCUCAUGGCCCUGGCGACGAUCGUCUGCUUCUCCCCGAGCGGAGCGGGCAAAAAUUUGAAAUACCGGAUCUACGAGGAGCAGGGCGUGGGCUCGGUGAUCGCCCGGCUCUCGGAAGAUGUGGCGGAUGUGUUGUACCGCCUGCCUAACCCGGCUUCGGUCCGCUUCCGAGCCAUGCAAAGGGGCAAUUCGCCUCUGCUGGUCGUCCGGGAGGAUAACGGGGAGAUCAGCAUCGGAGCCAAAAUCGACCGGGAGCAGCUCUGCCAGAAAAACUUGAACUGCUCCAUCGAGUUCGAUGUGAUCACCUUGCCCACCGAGCAUCUGCAGCUUUUCCACGUUGAAGUGGAAGUGCUGGAUAUCAACGACAACUCGCCCCAGUUCGCCCGAGCCCUGAUCCCCAUUGAGAUCUCCGAGAGCGCCGCUGUGGGGACGCGGAUUCCACUGGACAGUGCCUCCGAUCCAGAUGUGGGGGAGAAUUCCCUCUACACCUACUCCUUGUCUGCCAACGAUUUCUUCACCAUUGAGGUGCGGACGAGGACGGACGGCGCCAAAUACGCCGAGCUGAUCGUGGUGAGUGAACUGGAUCGGGAGCUGAAGUCCAGCUACGAGCUGCAGCUCACCGCCUCGGACAACGGGGUCCCUCAGCGGAGCGGCUCCUCCAUCCUCAAAAUCAGCAUCUCCGACUCCAACGACAACAGCCCCGUGUUUGAACAACAGACCUACCUCAUCCAGCUGUUGGAAAACUCCCGCGUUGGGACUUUGCUCAUUGACCUCAACGCCACCGACCCGGAUGAGGGCAACAACGGGAAAGUUGUCUACUCCUUCAGUAGCCACGUGUCUUCCAAAAUUACAGAGACUUUUAAAAUGGACCCUGAAAGGGGACAGCUGACCCUUCUGAAACCAGUGGACUAUGAAACCACCAAGUCUUAUGAAAUUGAUGCCCAAGCCCAGGAUUUGGGCCCCAACUCCAUCCCAGCUCACUGCAAAAUUAUCAUUAAAGUGGUGGAUGUGAACGACAACAAGCCGGAGAUCAAUUUAAACCUGAUGUCUCCAGGGAAGGAAGAAAUUGCUUACAUAUCUGAGAAGGCUUCCAUAGAGACUUUUGUGGCCCUGGUCCGAGUACAAGACAAAGAUUCUGGAGCUAAUGGAGAGGUGGUGUGCAAGCUCCAUGGGCAUGGACACUUUAAACUUCAAAAGACUUAUGAAAACAACUAUUUCAUCUUAACCAAUACCACCCUGGAUCGGGAGAAGCGGUCUGAAUAUAGCCUGACUGUCAUUGCAGAAGACAAGGGGACCCCAAGUCUCUCUACAGUGAAACACUUUACUGUCCAGGUCAUUGAUGAAAAUGACAACCCACCCCAGUUCCAGACCAACAGAUAUGAAAUUGUCAUUCUGGAAAAUAACUCUCCAGGGGCAUAUAUCACCUCUGUUACAGCCACAGAUCCAGAUCUAGGAGAUAAUGGGCAGGUGACCUACACAAUCUUGGAGAGUUUUAUACUGGGAAGCUCUAUAACUACCUACGUGACCAUUGAUCCCUCCAACGGGGCCAUCUAUGCACUUAGAACCUUUGACCAUGAAGAAGUUAACCAGAUUGCCUUUGUAGUUCAAGCCAGAGAUGGAGGGAAUCAGCAGCUUGCCAGCAACACCACAGUUGUGCUUACCAUCAUUGAUGAAAAUGAUAAUGCCCCUGUGAUUGUGAGUCCAGUGCUGCACAACAAUACUGCAGAGAUUUCAAUCCCUAAAGAAGCUGAGAGUAACUACCGUAUCACUAGGAUAAGAGCCAUAGACAGAGACUCAGGUAUGAAUUCAGAGCUGAGCUGUUCCUUAGCAAGUAGUAGUGAAGCCAGCCUUUUCAUAAUGGACCCACAAACAUGUGAUAUCUAUCUCAAUGGUAGCAUUGAAUCCACAAAGUCAACAGAGUGGGAACUUUCUGUGGUUGUUCAGGACAAAGGAAGUCCUCAGCUCGGUACCAAAGCACUUCUGAAAUGCAGCGUUGUUAAAUAUGUUUAUCUCCCUUCAUCUACAGAAGCCACCUUUGUUAGUCAACCUUCUCUAGAUAUCUCCAUGAUCACAAUUAUAUCCUUAGGAGCAGUAUGUGCAGCUUUGCUAGUAAUCAUGGUUGUCUUUGCUACAAGGUGCAAUCGUGAGAAAAAGGACACCAGGUCCUAUAACUGUCGUGUUGCUGAGUCCACAUACCAGCAUCACCCAAAAAGGCCAUCAAGGCAGAUUCAUAAAGGGGACAUUACACUAGUGCCUACUGUUAAUGGUACUUUACCAAUCAGAUCUCACCACAAAGCAUCACCUUCAUCAUCUCCAACAUUGGAAAGAGGACAAAUGAGCAGUCGCCAAAGCCAUCACAGUCACCAGUCUCUAAAUAGUCUUGUGACCAUCUCAUCAAAUCAUGUGCCAGAGAAUUUCUCUCUUGAGCUCACUCAUGCUACUCCUGCUGUUGAGGUCUCUCAACUUCUCUCCAUGCUUCAUCAAGGCCAGUAUCAGCCAAGGCCGAGUUUUCGAGGAAACAAAUAUUCCAGAAGCUACAGGUAUGCCCUUCAAGAUAUGGAUAAGUUCAGCCUGAAAGACAGCGGCCGUGGUGACAGUGAAGCGGGAGACAGUGAUUAUGAUUUGGGGAGAGAUUCUCCAAUUGACAGGCUUCUUGGAGAAGGAUUCAGUGACCUUUUCCUUACAGAUGGGAGAAUUCCUGCAGCAAUGAGGUUGUGCACAGAAGAAUGCAGAGUCCUGGGACAUUCUGAUCAGUGCUGGAUGCCACCUCUGCCCUCUCCAUCUUCUGACUACAGAAGUAAUAUGUUUAUUCCUGGAGAAGAAUUUCAGCCCCAGCAAAGCCAGCCUCCGCCACAGCAGCAGCAGGUAUUGGAAGAGGACUCUCAGGCUGUUGAAUCCUCUGAAAAGAAAAAGAGCUUCUCAACCUUUGGCAAAGACAGUCAGAACGAGGAAGAAGCAGGUAACGUGUGUACCUCAUCUCUGCUCUCUGAAAUGAACAGUGUUUUCCAGCGCCUCUUGCCUCCUUCAUUAGAUGCCUACGCAGAGUGCAACGAAAUGGAUCCCUCCAGUUCACUAGAGCGCAGGAAAGGACACUUGUCUGCUAAAACUGUCAGUUAUCCACAGGGAGUGGCAGCAUGGGCAGCCACAACACACUUCCAAAACCCUGUGAACAGUACUGGGCUUCCUUUGGGGAAUCAUUCAGGCGCCCAACCCUCUUCAAAAUGGCUGCCUGCCAUGGAAGAAAUUCCAGAGAAUUAUGAAGAAGAUGACUUUGACAAUGUGCUUAACCACCUCAGCGAUGGGAAACACGAACUAAUGGAUGCUAGUGAGCUGGUGGCAGAAAUUAACAAACUGCUACAAGAUGUCCGGCAGAACUAAAAGGUUUUGUUUCAUAGCAUAUUAAUUUUCCAUAUUUAUGGAAAACAGAGGGAUAGGAACCCAGAAUGAAAAGAACUGGCAUUGCCAAUUAGUUACAUUUAUCAUAAAUGUGUCUGUGUAUGUUGAAUAUUAAAAUACUGUAUUUUCAUAUGUACACAAUGCAAGUGUGAUUAUCUUUAACUGUAUUUUAAAAAUACAUUUGUACCUUAUAUUUAUGUGUAAUUUAACAAAUAAAUUUUAUUUUUGUA